CGAAGAAACACCCCACUCAACACAAACCCUCCACGUCUCACCGCCGACCUCGACAUCCCAAAGCGGAGGCUUCAAAUUGAGUACACAACCUUUCCAAAUACCAUUGCCACUACCACCCUUGUUCUUCAUAGCUGCAGUUGCUGCACUAGUACUAUCACGAUGCUCCUCUUCUACCACGGCCCCCAGAACAAACAAAACACCCCCAUUCCUAGCCCACACCUGUUCGCGCUCUCGGCGUCCCUCUUCUCCUUCUUCCCCGGCCAUGCUAUUAUCAGUAUCUCGACUAUCAUCACCAUCUUCAUCGCCGCGUGCGAGAAUCCGCAGGAUCCUGACGUGUUUUGUACUGGCAGAAGAUACUCUAGCGCUACGCUCGUCGGCACCGCGGGGGAGUUGGUUGUAAAACAAUGGCUCUGCGGUUUCCACGAUCCAGCUCUGCAGACACGUGGCUAGUCCACCUGGGACAUAUCGUCCUUUUUUGCGAUGCGGAGAGAAGAUUUCCGGGGGUGGGUUUGCAGCGGAUGUUGAGGAGCGCGAGCGGGAGGGCGAAGAUGGUGAGGAUGGUGGAAGGAUGAAGUGCGGUCUUGUGCUCGUGAUUGGAACACUAGGAGUCGCUAUUGUCAUCGUUGAGGGGUUUGGAGCAAGGUUAUUGGUUCUUGGAGUUAUCGUGUAGGGUUUGAAGCGGGUAGAUGGGUUUUUCGGCGCUGGGGUUUGUCGCAAGGUGUGUGGUUGCGGUCGCGGUUGCGGUUGCGGAGUCGGGGACGAUCGUACUGAGCGAUGGAGUUUUGGUUUUUUCGAAGGUGGUUGUUCGGAUUCGAAGAGCAUUUCUUCAGAUUCUGGGGCUUCGCUUUCUGGUUUUUCUCGGGUGGUGGUUUGGCCAUUGUCUUCUCUUGCGAAGUCCGCUAGCAUGUCCACGUCUUUCGCCGGGAGGUGAGAUCGUACACUCUGUUCUUCGUAUCCGGCUAUCCGCGUGAAUAGCGAAUCGUCAUUCUCAUCAUCUUCCACGGUUUCCAUCGGUUGCGGAAACCGAGAUGUUGGGGAAGAAGAAGGCGAAAGGUCCUCGAUGCUUUCAGUCCUAGCCAACUUCAACGGUCUCACUUGACGCGGUCGCGGCGUUUCCACCAGGCCCAGUCCUAGCUCUUCGUGCCUAGCACCGUCUCUCCUCCCACCAUCAUGUCCCAAGGUUCCUCUCGGUCCAGUUCUAGAACUAAUGGUAGACACGUUCGGUCGUUCCGCCGACAAGGAUGAACUUGAAGCUUUGCCGAUAACAAAGCGUUUUCGAAUAGGCGUACCCGUUUUACUCGUUCCUUCCGUCCCUGUCGUCGUCGGAACAGUGACAUGUCUUAGACCGGACUGUGGAGUCGCUUUCGAUUUCCUUUCGGAUUUGGCUGGUGGCGGCGCACGGGCGGCCAGGAAGCGAUGUGGCGAUGGGGUAUUGAAAGGCAUUACUAUUGUGUCAAAUCUACACCGGUCGAUGGACACAGUAGUAUU